UGUCCCCAACAUGGAUUUUAAUAGAGUUUAGAUUUCCAUUAAAAUCCGGGUAUACUCAAUAUGGAUUUCUAAGGAAUCUAUUAAAAUCCAGAUAUCCUCAAAUAUUCCAUAGAUUUAUAUGUUAAUGGACUUUAAAAGAUUUUGAUGGACUUUUAGACCAAAAUAUUGAAUAAUUGAGUCCACCAACAAUCUCCCUAACACCCCUUGGAUUUCCAAAUCCAUUUUUAAAAAACCCUGCGCACGCCAUCUCGCCCGGAAAAUUGAUCGACACAGCUCCCUGGUUCUCUUCCAUCUUCCAACUACACUCACCUUCUUCAUCCUUCAAGUGUUCUCCAGUUCUACAAUGGGUGAUUCACAAGAAAAGGGAAAAGGUGCGUAUAAUUUCUGGAGUGCAGAAGAAAGUUCUUUAUAACUAGAACUUUUGGUUGAGGCUGCUCAACGUGGAUGGCGUGAUAGUAGUGGACUCAUUAGUAAACAAACUGUUGAAUCAAAAAUACUCCCGGUGCUGAAUGAAAAGCUUGGAUGUCAAAAGACAUACGUACAAUAUCAAAGUCGGUGGAAGUACUUCAAGCAAAGAUAUCAAAAAUAUGUUGAUCUUAUGAAGUUCAGUUCGGGGUUUGGGUGGGACCCAAUUACAAAAAAAUUCACUGCGAGUGAUGAAGUGUGGAAAAACUACUUAGAGUCUCGUGGUGCUCAUAAGAGUAGCGGUUCUAAGAAGCGAACCAGAGAUCAAUGUGAAGUGAGCUCUAAGGCAAAAAGCAGUGAGUCUCGUUCUGAAUUUAAGACGAAGGUUGCUAGUGGAAUGGAUUCUAUUGUUGAGAUUGCUAGUGACAUUCGAGGAAUGAGGAUAUUGAUGGAAAAAAAGGAGAAAAGGGAAUCGGAGAACAACAUAUGGGAUGCUAUAAAAGAGACUCCGAAUUUAGAUGAGCGCACACGCUACAAAGUCCCUAAGCUCAUAUAUAAGCUUGGAAUGAAAGAAGCGUUUCUCAAAAUGUCACCUCAAGAGCGUCAAGAGUGGAUAAUCUAUAACAUCGAAGAAGACUAUGCUUGAUUUAGGAAGCUUUCUUUACUUUAUUUUUCAUUAAACUUUUAUUUCUGAUGCAACCUUUCUUGUUGAACACUUUUGUUAUUGAACUGAUCAUAU